AUGCGACCACCCAAACCUGCCCGCAGGGACGGGGGUCGCCAGUUAUUCGUGGAUCCCGAAGAGGACUUAACCUGUAUCUGCAACUUGACUAUAACUUUCAAAGAGCUUGUGGAAUGUAUCGUGCUGAAUGUAGUUAGUCAGAAGAUGACUUCCGUUUAUGACUUCCUCAAACAUCUGACAAAAGGCUGCCAAGAGACCGAGGUGAAGUUUUGGGGUUUCAGUGAGAUGGUAUCUCCAAUUACAGCGCUCAUGCAGUUGAGGCUCUUGCUGUUCGCCUAUGGAAUGCCUAUAAAAAAUGUGAAAUUGGAGACUCACCCUCAAAGAGAACAAGUAGUGGAGGGGAAGAAGCUGGUUCUUAUUUGUUCCGUCGAUAAAGGCACAGGAGACAUCACUUUCUCCUUUUAUAAAGGGGCCGGAAGUAUUCAUUUGGAAACAAAGACUAGGCAUUCACUGAAAGCAGAGUUUGAGAUUCCAAUGAUGAAGGAGAGUGAUGCUGAACUAUAUUACUGUAUAGCUGACAAUGGCUUUGGGCCCUCUGUCAGUGAGUUGGUGAACAUCACUGUCAGAGUUCCAGUGUCUCGCCCUGUCCUUACAUUUGGGACUCUUAGGGACCGGGCCACGGUAGGAGACACCCUGGUGCUUCACUGUGAGACCCGGAAAGGAUCUCCUCCCAUUCUGUACUGGUUUUAUCAUGAAGAUGUCUCCUUGGGUAAUAGAUCAGCUCCUGCUGGAGGAAGAGUGUCUUUCAACUUUUCUCUGAUGGCAGAACAUUCUGGAAACUACUCCUGCGAAGCUGAAAAUGGCCUGGGGGCUCAGCACAGUGAAGUAGUGACGCUCAAUGUCACAGUGCCCACAGAAUACAAAGGAGAUCCACUUCCUUCAGAAAUCAUUGAGGGAUUGCUUGGCAUCAUUGGUUUCACCAUAUUAGCCCUAUUAUUUUUCUACUGGAUCAAGAGAAAAAUAGGAAGACGUACAGCUGGGGAUACACUCAGGAGCCCUUCCCAUCCUGUCCUUCAAGAUUCCGCAUAUGUCAACUCACCUGACCCAUCACAACUAGAGCCUGUAUAUGUAAAUGAAAAUGUUGCACGUGGGAAUGAAGUUUAUUCUUUGGUGUACCAAGUGCAGCAGGGACAGCAAUUAGAAACAGCUGACUGUGAGUACCAUUGUACCUUUGUAAGACUGGCCUUCGAUCUGGAAUUUGAGCAGACACUAGUUCUGAUGCUGAUGUGGCCUACAGCCAAUCAUAGCCAUUCUAGUCACAUGAUACUAUUGGAGUUGAUGCUACUGCCCACCAUCUUUGAGCACUCUGACAUAUUCCCUGUGAGUGUACUGACCUGGGGUGCCUCCCCAGAGCUAAUACUUUGUCAUUUACUACUGGCCAAUAAACCAGAGAGACCCCCGUCUACCAAGACUGAUGAUCUGGCUACCAACUCAGAAUCUGAAAACAGCUCGACCAUAGAUACACCUGUUCCCCAAACCGGAAGUCAGAGGGACAAGCUGAUGCUGGCAAUCCAAGUCCAGGGCACUGUCAAAUGA